AUGGCAUCUCAUAUCUCUCAAAGCAGUACUGCGAAGGCCUCUUCCUUUGCCGGAGAGUCCCUCGCAGACCUUCCUAAAUCAUGGACAUUUACCUCAUCACUCCCUCCCGAUCCUCAGUUUCCCACACCUGCCGCAUCACACAAGACUGCCCGCGAUGAAAUUGGACCUCGGCAGGUAAAGGGCGCAUUAUUUACUUGGGUUCGGCCCGAACAUUCAAUAAAUCCAGAACUUCUCGCUGUAAGUCCCACUGCGAUGAGAGAUUUGGGAAUUAAGGAGGGAGAAGAAUCUACAGAAGAAUUCAAACAAACAGUUGCCGGCAAUAAAAUUCUAGGAUGGGAUGAAGAAAAAUUAGAGGGGGGAUAUCCAUGGGCGCAAUGUUAUGGUGGGUGGCAAUUUGGUUCUUGGGCAGGUCAAUUGGGUGAUGGGCGAGCAAUCUCUUUAUUCGAGACGACAAACCCGAUUAGCAAUGUUCGAUACGAACUACAAUUGAAGGGCGCAGGAAUAACGCCAUACUCCAGAUUUGCAGAUGGGAAAGCUGUAUUGAGAUCAAGUAUAAGAGAGUUCAUUGUCUCCGAGGCUCUGAAUGGAUUGAAUAUUCCUACUACUCGAGCUUUAUCUUUGACUCUCUUACCGUUUUCGAAAGUCAGGAGGGAAACACUCGAACCUGGGGCCAUUGUGGCAAGAUUCGCACAAUCAUGGUUACGUAUUGGAACAUUCGAUAUACUACGAGCGCGUGGUGACAGAGCUUUAAUAAGAGAGCUUUGCACGUACAUCGCGGAAAACGUAUUUCAAGGAUGGAAAUCAUUACCAGGAAGAAAUUCUGCAGAUGAUGGCAAAACAGAAAAUAUUGAAAGAGGGGUAUCAAAAGACACAAUUGAAGGCCCGGCUGGUCUCGAAGAAAAUCGCUUUACUCGUUUAUAUCGCGAAAUUGUACUACGCAAUGCAAAGACAGUUGCAGCAUGGCAAGCAUAUGCCUUCACAAAUGGUGUACUCAAUACAGACAAUACAUCGAUCUUUGGAUUGUCCAUUGAUUUUGGACCAUUCGCUUUCCUCGACAAUUUCGACCCUAACUAUACUCCUAAUCAUGAUGACCAUAUGCUACGCUAUUCCUACCGCAAUCAACCCACCAUAAUCUGGUGGAAUCUCGUCCGUCUAGGUGAAUCUCUCGGUGAAAUAAUGGGCGCCGGUGCUGGUGUCGACUCCGAAGAAUUUAUCGAGAAAGGAGUUCGUCAAGAAGCCGCCGACGAAAUAGUUUCCCGCGCAGAAGCUCUCAUAACCCGCGUUGGCGAAGAAUACAAAGCCACCUUCCUAACAGAAUACAAACGUCUCAUGACCGCCCGUCUCGGACUCAAGGUAUAUAAAGAAACGGAUUUCGAAUCCUUGUACAGCGAAUUGCUUGAUACAAUGGAAACCCUAGAGCUAGACUUCAAUCAAUUCUUCCGUAAACUUUCCUCCAUCCCCAUUGCCUCUCUCGAAACCAGCGCCUCCCGAAAAGAAAUUUCCACCACCUUUUUCCAUCACGAAAGCGUCACCGGUCUUAACAACACCAUGGAAUCAGCAACCACUCGUCUCGGCGACUGGCUUGAGAAAUGGCAAGGAAGAAUAUACGAAGAUUGGGGACCGGAUGGUGAUGACGAAAACCGCAUGAUAGCAAUGAAGAAAGUGAAUCCAAAAUUUGUACCCAAAGGAUGGGUUUUGGAUGAAAUUAUUAAGAGGGUCGACAAGGGAGGUGAGAGAGAGGUAUUGAAUAGAGUCAUGAAGAUGGUGAGUGAUCCAUUCAAGGAAAGUUGGGAUGGGGACAAAGAGGAAGAAGAGAGAUGGUGUGGAGAUGUGCCAAGGGGGGAUAGAGCUAUGCAAUGUAGUUGUUCUUCGUGA